AUGGCGGACUCGUCGCAACUCUUUGAUUUCGAGAAAGAACUCACUUGCUCGAUCUGCACCGAAAUCCUUUACCAGCCACUCACUCUCCUCGAUUGCCUUCACACAUAUUGCGGCGCAUGUCUGAAAGAGUGGUUUGCAUUUCAAGCGGCUUCGGCGAACAGCCGUUCCUCCUCCCGCCGCGCUGCCAACACACGCAACCCGUACACAUGCCCCUCAUGUCGCGAAACAGUCCGCGGCACCAAAGCCGACUGGCGCCUCACAGCUCACCUUGAAGGCUUCCUCAAAGCGCAUCCCGACAAAGAUCGUUCGGAAGAGGACAAGGCUGCGGCUCGCGAGGGGUACGCACCCGGGGAAGAUGUACUACCGGCGCUCACUGCACCACGGGCAGCGCCGAGACGCGAUGCAGCAAGAGAUGGCGACCUGGAUGAUAGCGAGGAUGAGCGGCUCCUGGCAGAGGUGCGGGAGCUGAGCAUGGCCAACGUCGAUCCAGCUGCAGCAGCACGCCUGCAAGCUCGAAGAGAGAGGAAUUCGCGGGAACGGAGUCAUGAUCGGCGGAACAGAUCACAGGCCCAGCAGCGUCAACCCGAUCGUCGCUCUCCGCGGGCGACAUCACCAACGACGCGGCAGGUAGAGCAUCAACCUUCUCUGCGGAGUCUACUCGGCGGAGAAGAUAUCCAGGAGGAGAUCCUGGCAUCGAUCUAUUCAGAAGGUCUUCUAGAUGGCAUAGAUCUGGAAAACUUGACAUCUGCUCAGGAGGAGGAAUUGACCGAACGCAUCGCGGAGGCGUAUCGUCGCAGGCAGCGACAGCGGGAACGGGAACGUUCUCGACAGCGUGGAAUAAAUCGGAAUAGAAGCGCAGAUGGGAAUCAAUCUAGCGCCGAGCAGUCUUCGCAGCGACCACGACGUUCUGGAAGUCAGACCAGGAGCUCUCGACGCCCGGACACUGAAACGGGCGAAGAUUCAGAAUCGGCAUCCUACCGACAGCAGCAAAGGAGCCAUCAACCGCGACUUCGUCCACCCGUUGUCCGCCCGCAGCAGGCAGAUCCACGCAGGCCCAGCGCAAGGCCCACCCGUUCCAGUACAUCCCCGGUCCCUCGAGAUGAUCAACAGCGUUCUGGUGAUACAGCUUCGAUAGUUCCCAUGCAGCAGCGAAGACGUGCAAACUCAUCCUCAACCUCCUCUGCAGCUGCUCCCGGGUCUCGGUCAGGCAUCAGUGACAUUCGAACCACUGGGAAUGCUGCGCGUACAAACCGUGCAGCGACCGCGACCGGAAUUCCAACAGCAUCAAGAGAAGAAAGAGCUCCCACCAAUUUGCUAUAUCCCACUGCAGAUACCUCGAGCUCGUCAUCGUCACCUCGUGCACGUAGUCACGACCCGCCCCUGGCCAGAGAUGCUGCAAGCAAUUCGCAAGUCGCUCGUACUACGCCGUUCAUGCGAUCGGAGUCGCUCGACACAGCGAACAUGGCAUCGAUGCGAGCUUCAACUGUCACUUCUACUGGGUCUGCUUCUCAGAUUGCGGCACCAACACCCGAGCUAUCUGGGCCCGAUAAUCGGAACCUUGGAAGUAAUGCCGGUGGGAUAGCCACUGCCACACCUGAGCCAUCACCCCUCAGGGCAGUUUUUUCCCGUUCAGAUCUGGCUCCUGAGCCAGUUGAGGUGGAGUCGCUAGAUAUCAACACGGUUUCGAGUCCACAACCAGCGGAUGUGGUAAUAGCAGAUAUAUCUAGGUCCAUCAUUACCGCAGCGAUACUUCCCAAGAGAGUCUGCGCUCGCUGUCACAUGUCGCAGAUUGAGACACAGGUCCAUUAUCACUGCGAUAUUUGUAGCGCGGACGGCAAAGCCAGAUCGACUUCUGACAGCAAUGGUUCUCAAUCCGAAAACUCUCCAGCUUCAUCAUACGACCUAUGCCAGACAUGCUAUCGCUCAGGGAAAGGUUGUGAAUACUGGUUUGGCUUCGGCUUCGUGGCGCUUGAGCGUUGGCAGAGGAUGUCCAGCGGAACUCAACCAGGGACACCUGGCUCCCAUGGCAGUUCUGCGCCACAGCCACAUGUACUCAUCGCCAGACGUUGGGUCGCUGCUCCUUCGCCCAGGUUACAGCUUCAGGGAAUGUCACGCGGCAGUCAAGAGCGUGAUGUUGGAUCUAUGGCGAAUCAACGAGCAUCACCACCCUAUCCUCACAUUGCCAACACUCCUCCACAAUCCCCAUCGUUACCUACGUCAACCCCGCAGUCAAAGCAGCUCCCUUUUGCCUUGAUCGACGGCGCUUUUUGUGAAUCUUGCCAAACACGGGCCGACAAUUGCUAUUGGUACUGCGAGCUCUGUCUCAGUGGCGCAUGGGGCUUCUGCAAUGCCUGUGUUUUGCAAGGCCGGUGCUGCACACAUCCGUUGCUUCCUUUGACUCGCAUCGCCCCGCCUGCUCUGUCCAGCUCCGCGGCGCCAUCAUCACCCUCUUCAUCAGCAUUUGCAAGCACAACGACCAGCAACACGACACCGUAUCCCACAUCCAUGCCCCCGAGAGAUCCUGUCCGCAACUUGAACCCUCUGAAUAUCCCUCACCUCCCGCCAAGCUCCUACAUCACCGCUCCACCCCAUAUCGACUGCGACAUAUGUCGUCUACCCAUCCCUGCCGCCGCGCCCCGCUUCCACUGCUACAUCUGUAGCAGUGGAGACUACGACGUCUGCGCUCCGUGCUACCGCGCCGUAACCGGAGGUCACUCCGACAUGAACCCCAACUCCAAAUCCUCCUCAGGAUCUUCUGCAGCUUGGGAUCCCCUCGACGGUGAAUACGGCUGGCGCCGAUGUCCCAAUACCCAGAUCUCGCCGCAGCAGCAGUCAUCGAUGUCUCCCACCACACGGAGCCGCGUCCGCGGUCCCGCAAACAGCAACAGCAACAGCGCCGGCAGUAUCACGGGCCACCGCCUCGCCGUCAUUGCCAACGACCUCGCCGGCCGCCGCGUCGUCGUCCGCGAAAAAGUCGGCGGCUGGCGCAUGAAAGACGACCAGCAGCGGUCCUCCGGCCCCACCGCCAAAGACCCCACAACAUCCAACCCACCGCAGCAGCAGCCCCCCGCCCCGCCCUCCCUCGGCGCCCGCCAUCUCGCCACCUGGUCCUAUUUUCCCGCCGACCCGGCCCUCACCCCCGAUGAACUGGCCUUCCCGCGCAACGCGGAGAUCACCGAGGUGCAGGACCUCAACGCCGACUGGAGCGUGGGCGUGUACGCCGGCCGCGUGGGCGUGUUCCCGAAGAACCACACGGCGAGGAUGUGA